UCUAAUGAGACACUCUAAUGCGAACAUAUGAAAUAUGCCAAAUUCUAAUUGCUCAUUAAUUCCUAAUACCUGCUUAAUUAAUUGACUGAUUGUGAUUGAACGCAGCACUGGGCAAAGCAUUAAUCCUAAGUGCUGUACAUGAUCUACUGGACAUGUUAGGACAGGACAAAGAAGAGGAGGAGGUGCAACAGCAAAAAUGAAAGUAUGACUUACAGAAAGUUAAGGAAGCGAGGAAAAAGGAACUCAACCUUCUGAAGUCGACCAGUCUGCUUUGUUUUUGAGUACGGCAGAAUGCCCACCGUCUCUACAGUGCUCGUAGACCACCUUGACGAUCUGCUGGAUGCUGAAUUUAACAGGUUUAAAUGGCAUUUGACGGACGGCGUGGCAGACGGCUUCAGCCCCAUUUCUAAGGGUAAACUGGAGAAGGCAAAGCAGCAGGAGGUCGUGAACCUGAUGAUAAGUGCGUACGGUCCAUCGGACGCGGGGAAGAUCACCGGGCGGAUUCUCAGAAAAAUGCAACAGAACAAUCUUGCUGAUCAGCUGAAGAAGAACCUUGCAGAAGUAAAAGACCAGGAAGACCAGGCAGACCAGGCAGAUGGCGCUGUCUCCAGUCCAGCUAAGGCCUCUAGGGCUCCUCGGGUGCACCAGAACAUCAAGGCUGAUAGUAGCGGCAGAGUUUCGGCCAAUGUUAUUUCCGAUGGCCAAUUCCAUGGCCCUACGAAUCUUACCUUUAAUUAAUGAAAAUAGUAACUGCAGGAUGUUCUUGGGCCUCCUGGGGCUCCAGGGGUGAAGCAGACCAUCAUGGCUGAGAGUAGCAGCAAGGUUCCGGUGGCCACUACCAUGGCCCUUUGACUUUUAACUUUAAUUAAUGAAAAUACUGAAUGCAUUUUUACCAGGACAGCACUGUCAGUAUGAACAGACCAAAAAUGAUGAACAAGUAUCCAUUUUAUACAUUAUAACAUAUAGUCUUUGUUAUUUUAGAUGGUCUCACAUGGAUUUAGUCUACUUUUUAUUCACUUGCAUGCUGUGAAUGCCACUAUACAUACAUAUAUAUAUAGUUUUGUAAUUGUGUAGCAGAGCAACUGAAUCGCGAUCUAGAACCAAGAGCCUGCUUCAUAAGAGCCUCCUGCUUCUGUGUGUCAUGCAGCAUAUUAAAGAACAUGUCUGAGCCAAUAAGAGAUCAAGUGCAGUCAACAGUUCACGACAUUUUGUUACAGAAAGAGACGCAUUUAUUUUUGCUGGAAAAUGUUAUUUCACAAAGUCACAAUAAAACUCAGUUUGCAUGUUUA